GUCGGGCGUUCGGCGCCAGACGUGCGGUGUGCGCUGUGUUCCAGGACAUUUCGCACCCUUUCUCUUUGCCGCUGUGCGGGUGUUGUGCGUACUACGAACCGCCGUCGUCGUACCGGUAGCCGGGGCCUCCUCGGGACCUCGCGUGUGAUCAAGUAUCGCGAAGACACCGCAGCGCGCACCGAGUAGCGCCGCGCGCGCGUCUCCGGAGCGCGUGGUGCCGUCGACACGUGACAGCCUCUCUGCGGCCAGUGGCGCUCUUCGUUCGUGCGCGCGGAAAUACGGUCGCAGCCGAGGGCGGUGUCCUCCAGGCCGAAAUGGAAGGCCUGCCCCAAAGGACUGUCUUCCGCACCUGGGUCAGAGCGCGGCAAAGAUCAUGAGCUGUCUUUCUAGGCGGCGACCGUUACGCAAGCUCCGACGCGCGUACCAGCAGCCCGCCUAACUGCUGUCCCACCACGUGCGCUGCAUUCGGUGCUGCCCCGACCUGGCGAAGCUCUUGAUUCCCUCGUGUGCGUACCACCUGGUGACAUGUGAUAGCGGGUGACAGCUGUGCUCGUAUAUCUCCCAAUGCGCACAACGUGCCGUGCCGGGUGACGCGUGUGCUCUUGUGACAGACGGGUGCCGUCUGACGAUGUUAGACGAAGACGACGAAGCAGUCAGCAGCUUUUCCUUGUGCGUUUCUUCGGUCCGCUGACCAAUCAGCGUUUCUGAACGCCCGCACGCACAGCUUCAAUGUCACGGCGGAAGCAAUCCAACCCCAAGCCACUGAAAAGAAAAGCGGAGGAGGAGCUUGAGGAGUUGGCCGAGUCCCUGCAGCUACCUUCAGAGGUGCUUGCCCUGCGUGAAGGCAGCGAGCCAUCUCCCGAGCUGAGCAUCUACGCCAGGGUCAUGCUGCGUGGAGGCACGCUCUUUGGGCCUUACGCUGCCCACCUGGUCAAGGACCCUGGCCAGUCUGUCAGUGCUGCUCACAUCACCAUACAGAGCAAAGAGGGCAGUGCCACCUACCUGAAACUGAAGGAGGCAGCUGGUAGCUGGCUGAAAACACUGCGGCUUGUCCAGGAGAAAGAAAGUGCUAAUGCAAGCCUUUCUCUUGAAGGUGAUGAGGUGUGGUGCAACCUGACACGUGACAUUGCAGCAGACACAGAGCUCCGGGCUCAUUUCACUGCAUCUCCACGAAACAAGCAGAUAUUACCGAGUGCUGAGAGUCCGGCUGAUGCCCUGGGUGAUGACAUUGACGUUGUUGUCGAUGACACUGAUAAUCUAGAGUCAGCUUCGUCUGCCGCAGAAGAGUUGAAGAAUGGUGUGAGAAGCCCGCUAACAACAGUUUCCAGCUCACCUGUUCCUACUGUCUGUAAUGGUCCAGAUGUACCAGUAGUAGCUGAUGAUGAGCAGAAAGCACCUGAUGGUGCAGAAAACAGUGAUCAUGCUGAAAAGGCUGAGUCACCAAGUGAAUUUUACAGUGAAGUGGCACAACAGCCUAGUGAAAUGACGCGAAUUCAAGUAAAGAUGGAAGCCUGCAGUCCUGCUGCAAUUCCAAGUGGCCAGUCAUCUGAUGACCUGCCCUCUGAUGAUCCAGAUGGGGACUCUAGAGCCACAAAGAAUGACCAGCUUGCUGCAGUAGCUUCCAAGAAAGCUGAUUUGCACCCUGAACACAUAAAUGGUUACAGCCCUCUGGCUGGCACAAGCCCCUCCAUGCUCUUGCAGCGGCCUGCUAUUGUUGUUCAGCAAACAUUCGAGUGUGGUAUGUGCGGCAUCCAAUUCAGCAGUGGCAAAACACUGAAAGCCCACCAAAUGUUCUACUGUUCUCGGCGAGGUGAGAAAGCUGCCUUUAUACCAGCUCGAUCACAGACUGAAGUUACCGAGGAUUGCCAGCCCCCUGUCUCGCCCAACCAGCGUUCAUCGCCACGAGAGAAUGGUGAAGGCGGAACAGAAACAUGUGGUGUCCCAGCCAAGCGUCCUCGCCGGGAAGAUGGAUUAUCACCCCCCAGCUCAGAUGCUUCUUCAACAACCAGCAAAUCUCCAAAGAGCAGUCGUACUUACCAGUGCAAGUACUGCUCUUAUGCUUAUGACCGGAAGGGGAGCCUCACACGCCACAUGCGGCUACAUGGUUCGCCUUCGUCCCCAACCAACACUGCUGACGUGCCAUCAACAGCAGCUACAGAAGACAUCUCAAUUCCGCCAAGUGCUCGAUACUGUGCCAACUGUGACAUCCAGUUUUCUUCAUACAAAACAUUUACUGUACACAAGCAGUUCUAUUGUGGCACGCGGCAUGUACAGAAAGCCCCUGUGAGCAUUGCCCCUGCCCCACCCCCAGUGCCAACGGUGUCCAUAGCACCAGCUGCACCUGAGCAGGUUCUGCUUAACCAGCCAUUAUUUGCAGCAAUAUCUACUAACCCAUUAAUCCUUGUUCCAUGUUCUUACGUGCCUGGAAAUGGCCUCGUUCCUACAACUGGCGGAGUUCUGCGGCAAGAUGUGGCUCCAUCUGUGGCUCCAGCAAUUGUUUGCCCCCAAACUGUCACUGUAGCACCUGCAGCCUUGGUGACAUCUGGUGGCUCGGUAACCCCUGCUGCAUCCACUCCUGCUGAGCCAUGUGAAACGAAGGAAAAUGGCACACAAGCAAAGGACCCAAGCACUGAAGGAACUGCUGCAAGUGCGCCUUCCAGCAGCAGCAAAGCUAAUUCACCGUGCAUCAAGCAGGAACAUGUGACAGAGACACCACUGGACCUAAGCCUUCGGAAGGAGGCUAAGGCUAGGCAGUCACCAAGGAACCCUUCCUCACCAGCUCCUGCUCCGCUAGAGGAGGCUUCAAACCCAUCUACUAUUGUAGUCAGUGCUAUGGAUCCACUACUGACACUUGGGGAACAGGUAGUUGUAAAGCAAGGAACCUCUCGCUGCCGUGAAUGCAACAUUGUGUUCUACAAACAUGAAAAUUAUUUAGCUCACAAGCGCCACUACUGUGCUUCAAGGCAGCAGAAAUUGGGGCGACUAUCUUCACCAUCUGGGGAUGAAGGAUCUUCAUCAGAGCUUGCGUCUCGGUCACCAUCAGCCAAUGCAAGUGCUUCACCAGUGCCCGCUAUUCCUGAUGUCUUUGGCCAAAGGAGUGCUGGAGUUCAGUCACCACCUCAACCACUCUACCAGUUUUACUGCCUUGCAUGUGGUAUAAAGUUCACUUCACUUAGCAACCUUCAAGCUCACCAGACCUACUACUGUCCAAAGAGAGACGUGCUGAAAGGCCAAGUGGGUGUUGCAGCUGUCAAAAGGCCUACGGAGCUUUCGUGCGCACGAUGUAGACUGUCUUAUCCAACAGAAGAAGCCCUGAAGCAGCACCUUUGCUCUGCUGCUCUGCGCAAGUGUCCCUAUUGUGAUGUCUUCUGUCCAACGCAAAUUGCUGCACAGCGUCACCUUGUGACCCACACAGGAGUGAGGGCAUUUCGAUGUGCAGAAUGUGGUUACAAAGGCCAUACACUUCGCGGAAUGCGCACUCAUGUUCGUAUGCACCUGGAAAAAGGAACACAAAUGCAAGAAGAGGCUCUCAUUCUUUGUGUUGGUGCAGAUGGGAACACACUUUGUCCUUGGAAUGGCAGUGCCGGAGUGCCUGCAGCAGUGACUCCUGCCCUUCCACAUACGAGUGAAACAACAGAAGAAGCCUCUGCCCGCUCUGGUAGCCCUCCUACUGCUACUACUGUGACAGAGGAGUCGAGCUCAACUUCAAGAGCAUGCGAGGAACAUCAUCCCGCUCCAACAGAGCUUCUUCACUGGUGCAAUCUGUGUGGCUACUCCUCCUCUUACAAGGGGAAUGUAGUGCGCCAUGUCAAGCUGGUACAUCGUGAUGUAGUUGCCACCUCAGCAGUUCAUUCCUUCACAAGUGAGAAGCCUCGUUCCUCAACAAAUGAGGGGCAUCAUUCUCCUGUGCCAGAGGUCAAGGUGGAAGAAGUUUCGGAUGCAGAAGAUGUUGCCACAGAAAGUGUGACCAAACUACAGUCGGACGUCACAAUGUGUAGCUCUCCGGCUGCUGCUGAGACUACUUUGGUGGACGUUAUUGCAACUAACUCAGCUGAUACUGAUGCUGCUGCUGCAAUGAAACCAGUGCCACCUGUGGCAACACCAAAGAGCAAAGUCCAUGGAGGAACUAAAUACUGUAAGGCAUGUGACAUAUCUUUCAACUAUCUGUCAACAUUUGUUGCACACAAGAAGUACUAUUGUACUGCCCAAGCUCCGGACAGUGCAGACAGCUCGGGUGCAGCAACAGAAUUAGAAGAGUCAACACCAGGGACUGCUUAAAAGACUAGCCUUUUUUUUCUGCCCUGUCCUCGUGGUGAAUGAUGGGAACUUCUCUGUGUUGAAGAAAACACCAAGGACAGGUGUUGGUGCUUUGCUGUGUGUGUAAAUGAACACGAAGCCUUCUGUUCAGCUAAACAGCUCAGUAGGUGGAAUGGUGUCAUCAUUUAUGAAAAGGUGUGCAUUGGCUUACUCUAGUAAGUGGAACUCGGCAUUGACUGAAAUGCUUUUUCAUGGCUUGUGUUGGAUUAUGUUUGCAAAAGAAAACCUAAGUGCAGGGGUUGUACUGAACUAGCAUUUAGCAUGGGGCAAGAUUUAUGGCACCAGUGUUCACAUAAGGUGUAAACAUAGUAAAAGCCAGAGCAAUGACCAUGGCACAUCUCAUAAUAGCACGACUGAAUGUCCUUCAUAAAGCAUUUGUCUUUGCACACUGGCAUUUAUGGACACAUGAUCAUCAUCAGCAACUUGUCAAGCCAUUUGAGAGGCUACCAAAGUGUUUGCUGGGAUGCUCUCUCACUACCUUCUACCUGAAAUAGCAGAAUUUAAACUGCUAUGCUAGGUAAAUAUUACUACUACAGUGCACUCCCAGCUGCCCCACCGACAGUUUGAAGCUUCUUGUGUAUAUGUGUCCAUCUUAAUGACAGUAUUGCAGAUUACUUGCAAGCUCACUGUCAACUGUGAACACUGGUGUCAGAGACAUUUAUACAUGAUUGCCGUUGAAGUAAAGCACGUCUGACUAUUAUGCUUCACCCAGCAGAAAUUUUUGUCCUUGCCAUUUAGUAACCCUUUGCGGUCAUAAGCAUUUACCCACUUCGCAGUUGUUCUGGUUAGGAACUAUUUCGCACAUUUUGGGUGCUGUACCGAAAGAGCACUCAUGUGAACAAACAUGUAGUGAGUGAUUUAUUUUCCAAAACUUUUAUUUCUGAAGCUCCUGUACAGUGCACAGUCUCCAGCCAGCAUGACAUUGCGGGUGAUCACCACAAGAAUAAUUUUCUGUAGGUUUCAUUGUUGCUUUCUUCUUCAGUGCUCUCAUUUGAGCAUGUUUGCUGGUCAUCUAGAAGUGGAACAUAUCCUUUCUCAGCCCUUAUGGAUUCACUAAACUCACGUGAGUUCUUUAUGUAUGCGGAGAAAACAUUGCCAUCAUCUUGGUGCUUCAUGUCAUGAAAAGCAUGCAUGAAUUUCUUCCAGUGGGCUGCUAAAAAAAGUUGCCCUUGUACGCAUGUGCUGCGAAGUGCAAUACAAUAGCUGAAAAAGUUCCCUAAAGGUGCCACAACAAAAAUAAAGAAUAAAACCAGCACAUGUUAGUGUGCGUGCAUUGAGUGCUUUAAGACAUGUGACGAUAACAGAUAUUUUUGCAUGUUGGGAGGGUCCUGAUACAUGACCGCAAAGGGUUAAUUAUUGGCUGUCACAUAUGAGUAAGGUUCUUUGCUUUACUGUUUUAACACACAUGCAGUGCAUGCACCUGGGCCCAGUCUGAACGUGAGAAACAUUGUUCAUACCUUCUCAUAAUGGCGACACAAGUAACAAAAUAUUGGUUGAAAAGAGAAGACUGUUUUUCACGUGACUUACGAACAAGGGCACCAAGGGCUGAAUGAAUUCAUCUGCCAGUUCCAGCCCUAUUGUUGUAUGAAGGUAACAUUGAGUUAGCUGGAGAAAGAAAGCGCUUGUUCCAGGUCAACACCUGAACGAGGCAGUGUCAACAUGAGUGCACUGACGAUGUAAUGUGGCAUAUCUUAUGUACAUAGUAUACAUACUUGUAUAUCAGUGUGUGUUAGCACAUUUACAUGUAACCUUUUUUGUGUAUGCAUAGCAAGAACUAUUGUAAGCUGUCCACUGUUAAUUGAAGUAUUCCACUGUUCUGUGCAUUUUAAGUGCGAGUACUGGUAAGCAGCACUAAUGUGCGCACGCUGUGACUCUUUGUUACCUUUACUGAAAAUGCAUGUAUGUAAGCAUCUUUCUUGGUCACUGUGCAGUUUUUAUAGUGGAAAAAGCAAAGACAGGCAAAAUCAUGGGCAAAUUUGUGACAUCCAGCUAAAAAAAAGGAGAGAGAAUGCCUGGCCUUAAUUUUGUUGGCUAUAUACUGUUUAUGCAGUUUGUGUGGUCAUUUGUUGAUGAAGCCAGAAGGUGUGCUUCAUUCCAGUCAAGUCCAUAUAAGUUGUGCAUUUGAACUGAUCUAGUGGGUUAAGAGAACCCCUUAGGUGCAGCAGUUGCCCAGCCUAUCUACAUCAACACUUAUUCUUCAAUAUAUCUAGGCAAACAUUAUUUGCACUGACAUUCUUAAGCAGAGGAGGCAGAACCCCCUCCCCCCCCCCCCCAAAAAAAACUAUAUAUAUUGCACCAGGAAGCAUUUAUUUGAAAGUGGCAGCAUAGCUUUCUAAGUUGUUUUGUUUGUGUUGCUAAUUAAGAAUGGCAUUGUACUUGGAGCUGAAUUCCUGAUUUUAUGUGCAUUGCAUAACCUUUAGAGGUCACCUAUCACAACUUCUUUUCUGGUGCAUUUCAUGCAUUCUUAUUAUUCAGCAAUGAAAAGUUAUGUCACACUUGUAUACAAUAUACGGUGGUGGCAUGCAACAAGUGUUACCUAUGAUAGUAGGACAAACACUAGCAAAGAAAAUACGCUUAUUAACUUAUUAAUGACUGAAAAUAAAGGAGGACUGGUUACAGAAGGUGCUCAAGCUCGAGGAAGAAAAUUUUAUUUGCUAUUGGAAUGUAAUGUACUGCCUAUGUUUCUUGAUCAUUUACUUUGCCAUGGGAGGAGGUUUUGAAAUGCUGAUACAUAAAGUAAAGCAUGCAGAUUCACCAUAAUGGUGAAACAUUUGUAAGAAGUACAUGUAUGGUCAGAAUGACAGUUGAGGGACUGCUUGCAUAUCUAUACUUCACUGUCAUUGUGGUGGCAGUACCACAUCUUUUCUCUAUUCUCUUGUAUUUUAUUUGGCAGCAUGAACUGUGAAAGUGUAAUCCAUAGAAAAGUCUUCACUUGGCUUCUGUGUCACCCUUACUGCAAUGUAAAUGUUUGCAAUAGGGUACAUGCAUCUGUUGUUACAUUGUAAUGCUGCUUAUUAGUUCCCCUGAAUACGCAACACAGUAGAUUCAGUAUGAUGCACUCAAGUUCUUUGUCAGGUAACACAUGACACAAGGAUAUUGUGCAACAGUGCACCCUUCAUGUUGUUGUGAACAGUGCAGAAAAGAUAGUUCUAACAUACUAGUGUGACAUAAUCUUUGAUUGCCAUCCCACACCUUUUAUUGCGCAGUGCCAUUGCAUUUACAUUCAACAUCUUUUCUGCCUCGCCUUUGCCCAUUGAAAAUGUGAAUUAGUGGAAAUGUGUACCUACUGAAUUUUCAUGCAUAUGAAGUAACUUUCUCCGCUUGGCUGAUGCAUUCUUUAGGCAUGAUGCGCAGUGCUUGCAAGUGGUCAGUUGAGUUACUGUGAUUAGAUUCAGUUUAAUCAAACUAAAUUUAUUUAUGUGCAAAUUUUUGCUUAUAGUCAGUUAUGCAACUACUAAUUUAGACUUGUGUAUUGACUGCUGCUCUUGCACAUAGAUAUUUUCUAUGCAUUUCAUCAUACCUACUUAUUACAUGAUGUGUUAUUAUGUUCAGAGAGGAAGGGGGGAAAAGAAGCAGAAAGAAGUAACCCUACAUUUCAAUGCAUGUAAUUGGAUGCAUUUCAUGAAAACUGGCUGCUCAUUGAAUUAUAACUUAAUUCUAUCAGCAGCAAAAGUAAUUUUAAAAAGGCAGCUUUCGCAAAGCGAACAUGCUGUUAGCAUUGUUGAAACUACUACUAUAAAAAAAGUCCUUAUCAGGAUUAAAAUUGCUGUCACCCUUGUCAAGCAUUGUACGCUGGCUGCAUGGACCUGUUAUCCAAUCUGUUCUGUACAAAGAGCCUCACACGUAACGAAGUUGGUCCCUAUGUCUGGUGUGGAAUGCUGUCACAAAGUGAUCAACUGUGCUCGAUGAGCAUGCAUGAUAUGACAUGAUACGUCAGCUUCCUCACUCCGUGGCAGAGUGUUUACAAAAUGGGCUCUGCAGUAUGUCCAGGAUGUCCAAACUUCGUGCAUGUCCUAGAUCCAGCUGCAUGAAAAAGCACAGACCACCAACAAGAUGUGUUGCACAUUAUCUAUUCCACUUCACCUCAGUUGUGGCCAGUGGCCACCAUAUAUACAUAUAGGCCAUUGCAAUAAUGGGCAAAGCAAACAUAGCAGCUUACUUGGUAGUCACCAGUUAGGUUACCCAACUAUUGUUGGGUCUUGCUGACUUGCAACAGUGGGCUUGUUAGGUGUGCAUAAGAUGAGAAAGGACAGGCUGGAAUUCUGAAAGUUGACUGUGCUUCUAAUGGCAAAUGGUGUUGCCAUGCACUGCAUGCUCUGUGCAAGUUCUAGGUUGCGAUGCUUCCUUUUAGUACCGAUCUUGCAGCAUACAUAUGCUUGUCCCGGCAACAUAUAUAUACUACAUCAGUGAUCGACCAUUGAUGGAAAUGUUCCGGGCAAAUGGAACGUUGCUCGUCGUGGGCAUACUGGCUUGCAGAACUUUGUGAGCAUGGAUGUUUUUUGUUGUGCAUGAGGCUCCAAGAGUACCAAAGAAUGGAUCAAUGACGAAUGUCAUAUCAAGAUAGCAAACUUCAUUGCACUGUGAAAGUCACGAGCGAGGUGGAAUGACUAUGAAGCUGGUACAAAAUAUAUAUUAAGGUCACCCUUGAAAGCUUGCCUGUGCUAGUAAUAUGCCAACGUUAGCCUGUACUGCCUGUGAGCCUAAACGAUAACUAAGCUGCAGAUUGACUUUUCUUUCUUCCUUCUUUUUAUUUUGAUCACUCACUAUGAAACCAAUACCCACAAAUUCAUGCUCUAGUUUCUCGAUCAUGGGAAAAUGAAUAUUCUUUUAGUACUGAUACAGCACCUGACAGGUGCACCCCUUUUUGCAUGACCAUAGCUUCUGAGGAUUGAAUGGUUGUUCCAUGCAUAAAUAUAUUGCUAUUUGGGUGUUAACAAUCUUUGUCUAAAUAGUGUUGACGUGAUACAGGCUCAGAAGCAGUUUGCAAGGAAGGAUUCCAGUGCAAGUUCCAACAGUGUGUAAUGGCGAUGAUUAAAGUGCUUCAUGCUAUGGUUCACUUGACUUGGCACAAUGUGUGCACACAUGCAGCUCUGCAUAUCAUACGAAGCAGUGUGGAGGAGCUCCUGGCAACAAACUGGCAUAGUAAAUAGCAUGGCCUCAUCAUUAUAGAUGGUCCUCCUUUGGAAUGCAUGUUCUUUGACCGAGGCUUCGUGACCACACUGCUUCAAUCUCUACUGAGAUUGUAAGUAUCAUUCAGUGCUGGCAGGAAAAGUGAACUGUAGUGGGUAUUGCUGAAAACGGGCACCUUUGCCCUUGCUAGCUCCCGCUGUGUGUGCCACGCAGCAGAAUCUGCCAAUUGGCUUGAUGCGGUGUGCUGUGCAGGUUAGUUGCUCUGUGUUACCACUGCAUGUGCAGCUGUUCCUGUGGGAUGCAGCCCUUUCUUCUGUAGCAAUGCUGAUAAGACCACGAUCGGGAGUACCGGUGAAGUGUUUGCUUUUUGACUGCACUCUCUCUGAAGAGAAGUAGGGAAUGCCUGUAGAGCAUGUACCGAGUGCGUAUAGGGGAGGAUAGUGCUGGGCGGUGUGACGUGUGUUCUGCCUCUUGACUGUACUACCAAGCUUGUCGUGUAUGUAGCACCAGCUUGUCUGUAUUUCUACUAAAUUAUUAAGGCCUCUAGAUGUGUUUUCCCGACCUGUCACAGGUGUUUGCAAGUGAACAUCUGAACUAGUCAAACGUGUGAUGAUGACUAUGAUGGCGAUGAUGGAUGUGUUGUUCGCAGGAAAGAUGACCGAACGCAAAGUGUAUCCCUAACCCGGUUUGAGUGAUUCUUGGUGAAUGCCAUCACAACUGGCUGCAGUUCUGAAAGGUGCAAUUGCAUGCGCGAAUGUUCUGUAUAAAACAUUGUGCGUACAUAUUAUACAUAUCUAUAUACAUAUUACACACAUCUAGAUUUAUGUGUUUUGAGAAGGUGCGUGUGUGUGUGUUUGUUUCUGUUCUCUUGCUUUCAUCGACGUCUUCCAGAAAACUAGUCCGAAAAAGAUGAUGGGGGAGCUGCUGUUUUCCGCGGGUGUGUGUGAAAUGCGAGCUUCUGCUCCACGCUAGCUGCGGUACACCUCCUGGGUGCUUGGCGCUGUCGGUGCUCAGAUUGAGAACGAGCACAUGUCGUGGUGAAUGAAUUUUAUGGAAAAAUGGUUAUUAAAGUUGAGUUGACACGUGAAGUUCAAGAAAA